AUGCUUCCUGAAGACGAAUGGCACAUGACUCUCGUAACAAAAGACGAACUGCGUGGAUUGAGCACCACUGCAGUGCAAGAAGCAAUUGAAUCGCUAUCGACGCGCUGCUUCACGAUUGGAUUGGGCGGUGGCAACGGAGCGACGAGAGCCUUAGUACCGACUGGAGUGUACUUCGUCGUAUUCGUGUGGCCAAAAGCACAAGCGUUUAGGACGAAGUACGGGCUUCCACUGAAGGAUUUUCACGUGUCUGUAUCGACUUCCAAUCGCCACGAUAUUGACAAGACGUGCGACGCACUACUGGACAAUUCGUGUCUAGAAUCACUGGAUAAGUCAACGCUGGAAGUACUAAGUCGACAGGUCACGCUGGAGCACAAACUUGAACGUGCAAUGGAGAUUGCUACGUUAUUGUGUACAAAAUUUGGUGAAGAAACGAUGCGUGGUUGGAUGAAGGACGCGACUCGGCAUUGUGGAGACAUUGCUGUACUCAACUCUAAAAAUGUGCGAGAUGGACGGAAUGGGGUCCAGUAUUUGUCACUGGAGAAACAGAGCAAUUCUGGGGUGCCUGUACUUGUGCACUGUGGUGGAGGCAAAGGACGUGCUGGUACCAUGGUGGCUUGUUAUCUCGUAGCAUUUGGCUUCAAGCCGCCACCAGUGGAGCUGGACGACGGCUCGGGUAAGAGCUCAUUAAGUCGAGCACUGGCUAAGCGCACCACAGCUUCACGUGCAGCGCCCUUUGUCGUCCGUUCAUGCAACGCUCUCUAUCAGCCUUGGACUGAGAUAACCAGCGACGAAAUUGGUCGAAAGGGCUGCGAACGGAGUAUCGGGCAAGGGGGUAUCCGACGAGCUAUCCUGGACAGAUGCAACGGCAUUGCUGCCGAUCGCAAGAAGUUUCUCAGUCUGGCUGCUACCUGGAGUCAACACGCCACUGUAGUUGUGUUUGACAUGCCGUCAAAACUCUGCGAAGCGCGAGCGAUGCAGCGUGUUGAUCAUCCGACGCUCCCUCCCGGACGUCGUGUAGGCUUUGCGAUUCGCCAGCACUCCAGUACGUUCGAGUUUCCAGAGCUAGACGAAGGUUUCCAGACGCUCGUCCAUAUCACAUCUGUUGAGGCUGCUCUGGAGUUGGUAGAUCUCUUGUCUCCCCCACUGCCACUGCUCAAGUUCCCGCGAACGCCACAUCUUCUUGACUUAGGAGCUGCAACAAGCGACGAUUUGGUCAGCGACUUCUCCAACAUAGCACUCGUUGUAGAUAGCGACACAACCGUCGUCAUCACUGAGAAAGUGGACGGCGCGAACAUGGGCAUCUCGCUGUCUCCGGAAGGAGCUCUAAUUGUGCAGAACCGCUCGCAUGUCAUCAACUCUGAGAGCCAUCGACAGUUCUGAGAUGUCGACAGCUUCUUAAAGUCUCAUCGCGCGGUGCUACACGAGAUCUUGUAUCGUGACGCGUUGUUCCCGGGGCGGUUCAUCCUGUACGGCGAGUGGCUGGCAGCGACCCACUCGAUCCCGUACUCCAAGUUGGCAAGUCUCUUUUACGCCUUCGAUCUAUACGACCGCGAGACAGGACAGUUCUGGGAUCGGUCAUCGCUUCAGGAGCUGUUGUCGAUCAGCGCUGCAGCUUGCCAAGGCGAUGA